AUGACAAGAAUUUCUUUCAACCCUAAUCCUCUCUCCAUCUUUUUCUCUUCCCGCUGCGCCACUUCAGUCCAGAUCCAAAGUUACCGCCGCCCCCUCUUCCAACAAGUGAAUCUCGCGCUCUCCAGGGACUUGGCCGGCAGUGGGUCUCGUUAUCUCGCCUUUCCCCCCUGCUCCGGUGGGGGCCGCUGGCCGUUUUCAGCCCCAGUCGAGGGAGCCCGCCAUUUUGCUGGUGUCCCGGUCUCGCGAGCUGAUUUUCCGCACCAUGGAGACACAGGUUUGGUUAGCUUCUUGGAGGGGGAGGGGGGGUCACGUCUGUCGAGCCGUCCUGCUCAGAUGCGAGCCGCGAGCGACCCUUAUUCAGCGGACCUCACUCGUCGCCGGAUGCGACUCGCCGUCGGACGUGACUCGCCGCCGGAUUCAACCCUCCCUCUUAUCACUCACUCUUUCUUACAGAGCGUCCACGUCAUUCACGGAGCUGAAAUGAAAACAAACGCCACUAUAAACACACAUCGCAACUGCAUCAUCUCUCUUGCUCUGAACUACGACACAGCCAUGGCGACUGCACUGAGAAGAUCACUAAACCCUAAUUCUCUUUCUCUAUGCGUUGUUCUAUCUCUCCUUCUCGUGGUCUCCUCUGCCAAAGUAUUCUUCGAGGAGCGCUUUGAUGAUGGAUGGGAAAACCGGUGGGUCAAAUCCGAUUGGAAGAAAGACGAGAAUUUGGCUGGUGAGUGGAAUUACACCUCUGGAAAGUGGAAUGGGGAUGCCAAUGACAAAGGUAUCCAGACCAGUGAAGAUUAUAGGUUUUAUGCGAUCUCAGCUGAAUACCCUGAAUUCAGCAAUAAAGAUAAAACCUUGGUUUUCCAGUUUUCUGUCAAGCAUGAGCAGAAGCUUGACUGUGGUGGUGGAUACAUGAAGUUACUCAGUGGUGAAGUGGACCAGAAAAAAUUUGGUGGUGACACCCCGUACAGUAUCAUGUUCGGACCAGAUAUCUGUGGCUACUCCACCAAAAAGGUCCAUGCUAUUCUGACCUACAAUGGAACGAACCACUUGAUCAAGAAGGAUGUUCCAUGCGAGACUGACCAAUUGACUCAUGUCUAUACUUUCAUCCUCCGCCCAGAUGCUACUUACAGCAUUCUCAUUGACAACUCAGAAAAACAGACUGGUAGCUUAUACACUGACUGGAGUAUUCUCCCUGCAAAGAAGAUCAAGGACCCUACAGCCAAAAAGCCCGAGGAUUGGGACGAUAAGGAGUUCAUUCCCGAUCCAGAGGAUAAGAAGCCAGAGGGCUAUGAUGAUAUCCCAAAAGAGAUUGAAGAUCCUGAAGCCAAAAAGCCUGAAGACUGGGAUGACGAGGAGGAUGGCCUCUGGACUCCUCCAACCAUGCCCAACCCAGAGUACAAGGGUCCAUGGAAGGCAAAGAAAAUUAAGAACCCCAACUACAAGGGCAAGUGGAAGGCACCAAUGAUUGACAACCCAGAGUUUAAAGAUGAUCCAGAUCUCUAUGUUUUCCCUAACUUGAAGUAUGUCGGCAUUGAGUUGUGGCAGGUGAAAUCAGGAACAUUGUUUGAUAACAUUUUGAUAACCGAUGACCCUGAAUAUGCUAAGCAAGUAGCUGAAGAUACAUGGGGCAAACAAAAGGAUGCCGAGAAGGCAGCUUUUGAUGAGGCAGAAAAGAAGAGAGAAGAAGAGGAAUCUAAGGAUGAUGAGGACACACUCGAGUCGGAUGCUGAGGAUGGAGACGAUGAUGUUGAUGACAAAAAAGACUCUGAUGAUGUUGAUGUCACAGCCGACUCUGACGCAUCUGAUGCUGAUGAUAAACAUGACGAACUGUAA